GGUGAAGAAGCUGUGGCCGAUGGGGCUGAAGCUGCUGUUGUGGUUGGGGCGGAAGAGGAGGACAAACCUAAAGCUGUGUCUCUUCCCAAGAGACGAGGGAAGAUAAGGUACAAGAUUUAUGGUCUUGAUCUUUCUGACCCAAAGUAGGCUAUGGUGGCAGAUAAAGUUAAUGAGGCUGCAGAAGUAAUUUGGCCUGAAGAACCGAAACCUAUAUCUGGGGAAUGCAAACUUGUUACUGAUAAAAUAGUUUCAUUGACUGAGAAAGAUGAUCCAUCUCCACUCUUGGCUGAAUGGGCAGAGCUUCUUCAACCUAGUAAAGUUGAUUGGACCAAUUUGCUUGAUAGAUUGAAAGAACAGAAUACUGAGCUGUACUUUAAGGUAGCAGAACUUUUAUUAAGCGAGAAGUCUUUCCAAGCAAAUAUUCGUGAUUACUCAAAGCUUAUCGAUGCUCAUGCUAAAGAGAACCGUUUGGAAGAUGCAGAGAGAAUCCUCAAAAAGAUGACUGAAAAUGGUAUCAUGCCUGAUAUUUUGACUGCCACUGUUUUGGUUCACAUGUACAGCAAGGUUGGAAAUCUUGAACGUGCAGAAGAAGCGUACGAAAGUUUGAGGGCCCAAGGUUUCCAACUAGACUUUAAUCUUUACAAUUCCAUGAUCAUGGCUUAUGUCAAUGCCAAGCAACCUGGAAAAGCGCAUAAAAUAGUGAGGGAUAUGGAAGCGAGCAAUAUCAAUCCCACAGAGGAGAUGUACAUGGCUGUGUUUCGAUCAUUUUCCCAUAAAGGAGAUUGCAUUGGAGCCUUAAAUAUUUCCAGUUCCUUGCUGUGUGCUGGGUACCAAGUAAAUGCCGAGACUUGUAAAUUGCUUGUCGAGGCAUAUGGGAAAGCUGGCGAAUCUGUUAAUGCAAGGAACUACUUUGACCACUUAAGAAAACUUGGUGAAAUGCCAGACGACGAGUGCACUGGAAACAUGAUUUCAGCUUAUCAAGUGAAGAACCAAUUGGGUCUAGCCUUGGAACUUUUGUUGCAGCUCGAGAAGGAUGGUUUCGAACCGGGAGUAGCUACUUACACUGUUCUUGUGGAUUGGUUAGGAAAACUAAAACUAGUUGAGGAGGCCGAGCAAGUGGUGGCCAAAAUUUCCGAGCUGGGUGAAGCUCCUCCGCUUAAACUUCAUGUAAGCCUUUGUGAUAUGUAUUCAAAGGCUGGAAUUGAGAAAAAGGCUCUACAAGCUUUGGGGGUUCUCGAGGCUAGAAAGGAAGAAUUGGGUCAGGGUGAGUUCGAGAGGAUCAUAGAUGGACUUGUGGCUGGCGGCUUUCAGCAACAGGCUCGUAGGAUGGGGCAGUUGAUGGAGGCACAAGGUUUCCCCAUUUCCGAGCCACUGAAGGUAAAGUUGAUGGCGAAGCAAACUUUUCAAAGCACCGGACAAACUUUUCAAAGGACCAGACGAACCCGGGUAUGACAUAAUUUGGAUUCGUUUAAGGCUUUUUAGUUGCUCUGUUUCGAUAGUUCACUCAAACUUAAUAUUUAAAUUAUAUAAAUGUGUUUUGAUGUAAUAAAUAGAGAGAGUCUAUUAUUAGAAAAUGGAUUAAGUAGUAGGAAAUUUUUGAUAUUUUAUUUAAACAUUUACUAAAUAUUUCUGAAAUUUCAUCAGAACACUUCUAAAUUUCAAAACUUUGUUAAACAGGUUUUCAUUCA